AUGCCCCGCGAUGGAGACUGCGGGGACGCCUCAGCGGAUGGCGAAGGCGAGCGGGAGAGGAUGAACCCGUCUAAACGCAGGAAAUGCGAAGUCGUCGAUGCUUCCGGCGUUUCGCUGCGCGAUGCUAAAGCGUCGUUGGCCCCAGCCACGUCGGGUAACACAGCGUCGGCGAACAACACGCCGACAAAUUCGCAGGAUAAGCGGCGCGCGAAGACUCCGCAAACGGAGGAGGAGUACUCAGAUGGUUCCUCUGAUGAAGAACCUGACGAAGCACCUGGAAAUGACGUGUCGAAAACGCAGAAUGGAGGGAAUCAGGCAGACAGCGCGCCUGGAAAAGCACCUGAAAAGGCACGUGGAAAGACGCCUGAAAAGAACGCCUCGGCGCCGCAGCCCAAGGAUAAGGAUAAGGGGAAGAACAGAGGGUACCUGGGAGUCAGGCAGCGAGCUUCUGGCCGUUGGAUCGCGGAGAUUAAAGACACGAACCACAAGAUCCGCAAGUGGCUCGGAACGUUCGACACGGCGGAAGAAGCCGCCCGAGCCUACGACGAGGCUGCGCGGCAGAUCCGGGGAGCCACCACCCGAACCAACUUCACCACGCCGGACUCUCCCACUGGGGGAAAGGGCGGCGGCGCGCUCAAGGGUUCGCAAGCGUCGGGAAACAGCAGUCUGCCGCCCAUUCCGUGCUCCAUCGUGGCGGACCCGACAACCUCGAGGAAAACCCUAGACGAUGUCCUUCGGUCGCUACCUCCCCCGCGCAAAGCUGGCUCGCAGCAAAAGUUCCCCCCUGCGCCUCCGCUCCCCCCUUCCGCCGUUGCCGCCGCUCUUUCCGCGACCGGAUCCGCGGGGUCGGCACUAGCCUUCCCCCUGAUGCAGCCCCCUACGCGCCAGGGCUCUGCUAGUAUUAUCUCCUCCCCUAGCCCCUUCCCUACUUCGAGCUCUGUGGGAAACGUGGCUUCGGUUAUUCUUAACGGUCCUGUUGCCGCCCUGCUGUCGAGUUUCGAGUCGCAGCAGCAGCAGCAGCAACUGCAGCAGCAGUACGAGGCGCUUCAGCACGAGCAGGAGCAGCUGCAGGUGCGGAAAGGGCAGCUGCAGCAGCUGAUGCAGCAGCACUCGCAGGGGCAGCUGCAGGGCCAGUCGCAGGGGCAAUCACAGGCGCAGCCGCAGGGGCAGUCGCAGGGGUCGUCGCAGCAGCAGGGAUCGUUGACUACGGCGUUGAGUCCUACUGAUGCGCUGGCAGCAGCAGCAGCCCGGUUUCUCUCCGUGGCCUCUGCGGCCCGAGCAUCCACCCCCCCUCCUGACACUGAAACUGCUGUUGCCCUCUCUCUCGCCCUUGCCGCCGCCGCUGCUCCCAACACUGCUUUACCAAACGCAACUGCUUCUAAUGCAGCUGCUGGCACCGGCCUCAUUAGAAGCCCGAUGGCUGCGGCUAUAGGGCAAACCAAAGCGUUCGUAAACGCGUUGACCCCCUCACCUCCUCCUUCCAUCCUCACCUCAAGCGUCGCACAAGGAAUGCGCCCCCUUUCCCCAGCACCACCGGCAGCAGCAGCAGCAGCAGCUCCCGCCAGCAAUUCGCUACCUUUCCCCAACAUCACCCUCCCCUCGCCUAGCAAUUUCCGCCGCCCCUCCGUGCUUCCGCUCUUCCCCCACGCCUCGUCCGUGGGCAGCAGCGCGCAUGAGUCCGCCUCUAGCGGCUUCCCCGUCCCCCUUCCGCGCUCCCCAUCCAUCAAAAAGCCCCUGCCCCAGAACCCCCUUCCCCAGAGCAACCUUUCCCAGAACACCCUUCCUCAGAACAACCUUUCCCAGAACACCCUUCCCCAGAACAACCUUUCCCAGAACACCCUUCCCCAGAACAACCUUCCCCAGAACCCCCUGACCCAGCAAUCCAGUGUAGUGUCGGCCCAGGCUGUUGAAUUUGCAGUCGCAGCAGCUGCAGCCGCCGCAGCGAGUGCAGAUGGUGCAGGUACAAGUGGGGCAGGGCGGGCUGGGGUAGGUUCAACUGGUGCAGCUGCUGGCGGGGGAGGCGGUGGGCUUGGGCAGUAUCUCGGGCAGCAGCAGCAGCAGCAGCAGCAGCAGCAGCAGCAACAACAGCAGCAGCAGCAACAAACGCAGAAGCAACAGCAGCAGCAGCAGCAGGUAGGGACCAACCCCCUUUUUCCCGUGUUUCCCUCUUCCGGGUCUAUCUCUUCCCCUGCGCGCACCUCAUGGGCGCACGGGGUGCUCGCGGGGGCGUUGACGGCGCAGCAGCAGGCGCAGGUACAGCAGGAGAUGCAGCGGUUGGAAGCAGGGCACAGGGGGGGUGCAACCGGUGCAGGUAUAUCUGGUGCAGGUAGCGCUGCUGGUACGGGCCCUUCCAGUGCGGUUUCAAACGGUGCUGGUGUUGCCAGUGCUGCUGGUGCUGCUGGUGCUCCUGCUAAUGUCGCCUCAGCUGUUCCAACUGUUGGGACAGGGAUGGCUUUUGGUGGCGUAGCUGGCGCUGGCGGGUCACAUGGUGGGGUUGCUGGUUCAGGUGGUGGGGUUGCUGCGUCAGGUGGUGGGGUGGCGGCCCCAGGUGGUGGAAACAAGAAGACACUGAACGAUGUUGAGCUCUUGCUGCUACGCGCACUGUUCAAUGCUUCCCAGAUGCCAAACGCUCAGCAGCAGCAGCAGCAGCAGCAGCAGCAAGAGCAACAGCAGCAGCAGCAGCUACAAGAGCAACAGCAGCAGCAACAACGACAACAAGAGCAACAGCAGCAUCAGCAGCAGCAGCAGCAGCAGCAGCAGCAGCAGCAGCAGCAGCAGCAGCAGCAGCAGCAGCAGCAGCAGCAGCAGCAGCAGCAGCAGCAGCAGCAGCAGCAGCAGCAGCAGCAGCAGCAGCAGCAGCAGCAGCAGCAGCAGCAGCAGCAGCAGCAGCAGCAGCAGCAGCAGCAGCAGCAGCAGCAGCAGCAGCAGCAGCAGCAGCAGCAGCAGCAGCAGCAGCAGCAGCAGCAGCAGCAGCAGCAGCAACAGCAGCAGCAGCAUCAGCAGCAGCAGCAGCAGCAGCAGCAGCAGCAGCAGCAGCAGCAGCAGCAGCAGCAGCAGCAGCAGCAGCAGCAGCAGCAGCAGCAUCAGCAGCAGCAGCAGCAGCAGCAGCAGCAGGCACAACAGAAGCAGCAGCAGCAGCAGCAACAGCAGGCACUAAAGCAGCAGCAGCAACAAGAUCAGCGGCAGCGUCUAGCACAGUUGUUGCUGCAGCAGCCAGGGCAAGCGGACAGGCCGACAGGCACAGGUGGGACUGGUGCAGGCGCAUCUGCUAUCAACCCCAGCAGCACGGUUGAUAUCACCAGCACCCGCAAUCAGUACGGCGUGAACGGGGAGGUGCAGGUGAAGCUGGGGGAGGGUGGAUCUGGGGCGGGCGGCUCUGUGACCAUCCAUGGGCUGGCUGGCGGGCAGGCCAAGGGGGCAGCUGCAGGAGAGGCAGAUACGGCGGGAAUUGGGGCUGGGGAAAAGGGGGAUGGACGAGGCAAGGGAGUGGGGGGAGGGGGAGAGGGAGGAGGAGAGGGAGGGGAGGGAGAAGAGGGAGGGAGAGGAGUGGGGAAUGGUGGCGGCAAGGGCGGUGGAGGAGGUGGGGAGGGAGGGAAGAAGCCACCAGUGAUUCAGAUUCUGCCUGGGGGGGUGCGUGUGUCUGGGGACGUGUUUCUGGAGUUUUCUAGAAUGGACUCGGCAGAGCUCUUUGAUGACCUCGCUGCCCUCUCUUCCCUUCCGCCCAAGACCGCUACCGCCCCUGCCGCUGCUGCCCCUCCUGCCCCUUCCGCUGCUGCCGCCGCUGCCCCUCCUGCCCCUGUCGCCCCUGCCGCUGCUGCCCCUCCUGCCCGUGCCGCCCCUGCUGCUGUUGUCCCUGCCGCCUCUGCUAGACCCCCUGCCCCGGCUGCCGCCCCCGCCCAUGCCGCCACUGCUUCUGCAGUCCCUCCUACGUCUGCCUCUGCGCCUCCUGCCAUCGCUUCCAUUGCAGCUUCUGCCCCACACGUUGCUACCACAGGGACCCCAGCCCACAUGGGCAACCUUGCUAUUUAUAGUAACCCUGCUAUGUGCGGCAACUCUAAUUUUCAGGGUGGGGUUUCGAGUGAGGGAACGGGCGACGCCAAGGCAGUCUCAGGCGAAGGUGUGGCAGGGGCAGGUUUGUCUGGGGUAGGUUCGGCGACUCCAGGCUCGGGCACUCCAGGCCCGGGAACCCCGGGCCUGUCGCGCAGCUUCUCCGACAACCCGCUGCUUCGGUUUGCCCGGCUUGACUCCUCUGACCUGUUUGGCUACUCCCCUAGUGCAAAUAUGGCUAGCCCUGGCGGUUCAGGUGCGGGUGGGGGCAGUGCUGCUGCUGUAGUGGGGGAAACGGCUGAUGUGAAGGGUUAUUCGGCAGCGGCUGUGGCUGCUGCUGGUGCUGCAGAAGCAGCAGAAGCAGACGAAACUGGUCAAUUGGGCGGUGGUGAUAAGGGGUGGCAGGAGACCAUGGGCGAGGGCGAGAAUGCUGGUAAUGGCAACGGCACAGGCACUGGCAACAGCAGCUUGAUGCCUGUGAAAUGGGGCGCGUUCAAGUCCCCUCCUGUGCGACCACCUGCUAUCAUGGCAGCUGCAGCAGCGGCGGCAGCAGCAGUGAGGAGUGGGGAUGCAUACGGGGUGCAACCCUCGCCAGCUACUCGCUUCAAGGCCGGACUGAGUGACAUGAGCCACCUCAUUGCACCCCUCCCGCCCCCAUUCGCCCCCAUCUUCCCUCUUUCUGUCUCCCCACAGCACGCCAGAAGGUCGCCAGGGAGCAGGGACAGAGCUCUCCCUCUCUCCUCCUUCCUGCAAGCCAAGACGCACUUUCUUUUCCCCAACCCCAAUGUGAUUCCCCCCCCUCUCCGCCCUCUGCCAUGUCUCCCCGCAGCACGCCAGAAGGUCGCCAAGGAGCGGGAACAGAGCUCUCCCUCUCUCCUUCUUCCUGCAAACCCAAACCCCCUCGCCCGCCCCUCUUCGCUUUACCGCCUGCCUCCAGCCUCCCACGUCUCAAAAUCUCCCCACUAUUCUCGCACACAUCCCUCACAUUCCCUCAUCUCCCUUCCGCCUAUCCCCCUUCAUCACAUGAACCUCUCUCCCUCUUCAGGGGGUCGCUGGGAGUUGAAGCGAGCAACAGCGUCGGUUCUGCCGCCAGCCACAGACGCAGCAGGCGACCAGCUGCUGGCUCCUGAGGCUCUUCCAGAUUCAUUCCCUAAUCCCCCUUCCUCCCAUUCUUCUCUCUCCCACUCUCCAGGUGGUCGCUGGGAGUUGAAGCGAGCAACAGCGUCGGUGCUACCGCCAGCCACAGACGCAGCAGACGACCCGCUGCUGGUGAUCGCACAGGCGGAGAAAGCAGCCAUGGCUGCCGCUUCUGUCGCCCAUAUGCUCGCUGCUCAGGCCAAUUCUGCCCAUAUGUCUGCUGCCAGAGCUUCUGCUGGGCGGCAGGCUGCUGCUGCUAGUGCUGCCGCGGUUGAACAUGCUGCUGCUGCUGAUGCUGCUCGUGGCGACGGUGGUGGUGGUGAUGAUGAUGGUGAGGAUGAUGAUGGUGGUAGUGAUUCGGAUGGUGGUGAGGAUGGGGACGAUGCUGCUGCUGCUGCUGGCCCCCGUCACUUCUUCCCCAAGCAAUCAUCUCUGGUAGACGAUUGGGUCAAUGCCAGCAGCAACCCUUGCAGCAACAGUGACGCAGCAGGGACAGCAGCAGGCGCAUUUGCUGAUGCUGCUGAUGCUGAUGCUGCUGCUGCUGCUGCUGCCGGCCCCCGUCACUUCUUUCCCAAACACCCAAGCCUCAAUCUCCAGUUCACCAUGGGCAACGUCCCUUUCAACAUAGGCAGUCCCUCAGUCGCCUCCUAUCUCAGCAGCCCUUCCUUCGCUGCCUCCCUCGCCGCCUCUCUCCUGCACAACCCUGCCGACGCCUUCAGCCGCCAGAGCUCCGGGGAGCUCUUCGGCCGUCAGAAUUCGGCAGGUCUGUUCGGGCGGCAGAACUCGGCAGACCUCUUCGGGCGGCAGAACUCGACGGAUCUCUUCGGAGAGUCGCUCACGCCGUCCGCGCUCGCAGCCGCGGCAGCCAGGCUUGCUCGCCUCAGCUCUGCCGAGCUGCUUCAUCUUGCCGACUCGCCUCUCAACGCUUCGCCUCUCCCGUCCAUCUCCACCACCACCCCGCCCGUCUUUGGCAGCGGUAGCUCUGGUGGCGUUAGCUCUGGCAGCGAUGGCAUGGGUGCUGCUGGUGCUAGAGCACUAGUGGCGGCAGCAGCAGCAGGAGGGGCAGGAGUAGUGGGAGUAGCAGGAGCAGUGGGGCCCUUGUCUGCUGAUGCGAGUGCGACAGCAGCAGCAGGGCUGCAUACAUCGAGGCUUGUGGUGCUCCCACUUGCACUGGAGACAGCAGUCUAUGGGACUGCAUCACCACAGGCCCUGGUGACGGGCUUAUAA